UGUCGGGCAAAAAUUCGGCGGAUCCCUCGAAUUUGUUCUUUAUUUACGGCAUGAAAUCCGGCCAUAGCAUCUUUAACGAUGCCUCCAGGGGUGGAAAAAACUAAUGGAAUAAUUCCUGACGCUGUCAAAUACGAUAAAAUGCAUCCGUUUGAGUUUCCACGCCAAAAAUCGCUGGUCCUUCCAGAAAUCAAGAAUCCAUUUUCACAUCGUUUGCAUUUCAACUGGUAUGAUUAUGCCAAGAUCGCGCUGAUGACUAUCACUAUCUUCCCAAUCCGAUGUUUAGCCAUUGUGAUUAUCCUCCUGUUGGCAUGGCCGCUGGCGUGCCUGGGAAUGGCCGGCAGGAAGGAGGAGGAGAAAAAUGAACCAAUUUCAGGGUGGAGAAGGCUCUUCGCAUGGCCCCUUAAGUCCUGCCUGCGGACCAUCGGUUUCCUCUUCGGAUUCCAAUACGUUAAAGUCAUCGGCAAGCGGGCGUCAGCAGCCGAAGCCCCGAUUGCCAUCUACGCUCCCCAUUCAACCUAUUUUGAUGGGAUCGCUCCUGCAUGUGGCCAGGGAGAGCUAUCAAGUGGGGUAUCCAAGAUAGCAGUUGCUGAAGUGCUCAUCCUAGGAAAGCUGAUCAAAUACACUCAGCCCGUGUUUGUACGACGGGAAGAUGCCAACUCGCGCACGAAUACCAUAAAAGAGAUUAAGGAACGAGCACAAUCUGGUGGGAAGUGGCCCCAGAUUGUCAUAUUUCCCGAAGGCACUUGCACAAAUCGAUCAGCACUGAUCACAUUUAAACCAGGUGCCUUCUACCCUGGUGUUCCUGUACAGCCGGUCUGUAUCAGGUAUCCUAAUAGAUUCGACACAGUGACUUGGACAUGGGACGGCCCUGGAGCGCUGCUGGUGUUCUGGUUGACGUUGUGUCAAUUUCACAAUUACAUGGAAGUUGAGUUUCUUCCCGUGUAUAAUCCGAGUGAUGAAGAGAUAGCUGAUCCGAAGCUGUAUGCACACAAUGUGCGUGCAUUGAUGGCAGAAAACCUUGGUGUGCCGGCCACUGACCAUACCUACGACGACUGCAGGCUGAUGAUGUAUGCAGCCAAGCGUAAUAUGCCCAUGACAUCAGGGUUGGUCGAGUUCCAGAAACUGAGCAGGAAACUUGGCAUCAACUUCGACAACAUGAAAGAACUGCUGGACAAAUUUUCCUCAAUCACUGAUGAGAAGGGUCACAUCACCCUCGAGGUGUUUGCCAAUCAUCUUGGUCUACCAGUCAACGACACCGUCAAAGAAGUCUUCGAUAUGUACGAUCGGGAUGGUUCCGGCACCAUUGAUUUCCGAGAGUAUGUGAUCGGGUUGUCACUCAUCUCGAUGCCAGCCAAUACUGAUGAAACCUUACAGCUCGCUUUCAGGCUGUUCGAUGUCCAUGGUGAUGGCUACAUCACCCUACCAGAGCUGACGUCAAUCCUACACCACUCCUUCAACAUGGAGGACAUUGAGAUCUUGAAAUUGUUCAAUGAGGUUGACGCCAACAAAGACGAGAAAAUCACCUAUGACGAGUUCAAGGCAUAUGCAGUGAAGAAACCAGAAUAUGCCCGGCUGUUCACGACGUACCGUGAACUUCGAGCAAGGGCUGAUGAAUCUCUCGACAUCCCAGACAACGGCAACGGUGGCCUGAAGAUGCGAAAAAUGAAGAAAAUGAACGCCAAUGCCAACUGCAAUAUUAUGGCACCAGGCAUCACCAAGACAGAUUGACAUGAGGCCAACCGUAAUUAUUUGACACAGGAAAUUCAGGCGUAGAGUUCCCUGUUUAAAUUGUCAUCAGAGGUGUAACUACAGUACAAAUCUUUUAAAUGUGGCGCAGGACGUUUUGACGGUGUGAACAUGUGCCAUUAGUUGGUCUCGUCUCAAUGAGUCCCUUUGACAGCUUUAGAAGAUGUCAGUCCUCAAAGUAUUUCUAACACGCUUGGUAUAUUUUGCAAGAAAAAGAAAUCUAAACCAGCCAUUUGAUGAUAAAAAACCCUGUUUGUCACAUUUUCUCUGUGGAACUGUCGAUCUUCGUCAGCUUUGAGAUUAAUGUCGGACUCUUAGAUGAGACCUGCUGAAAGGUGUAUGGACAGGAUGAGUGUAUUGCUACGCUCUCGCGGCUAUGAUUGGGAAGCAAGUUGUCGUUUAACCAUGACUUCUUUCCCUUGAGUCUCCCGACACGCGCUUGUCAGGACGUCCUGCUGAUUCUCAUCAACUGUUCUUCUUGUACUCAGUUAUAGCUGUUGUUUAUACUUCAUAUCGUACCAAGUUUGCCCAGAAAAAUUGCACGUAUUUUAUUGGAGAAUUGAUAUGUAUCACCUUCAGCGCCGAACCACGUAGAUCUACGUGGCCCAAAUCCCCCCUCUCCUUUGACUUUGAGCUGGUUGUCGGAGUCUCAUGGACUUCAUGAAAGAACUACACCAUCGCCAUCUUCAGGGUAAGGCUGGAACUGAAAAGACAAGAAAAGGUUCUUUCAGUUCCUACCGUGCUCUGAAAAUGGCGAUGGCGUAGUUCAGAACUAAAUGACUAUAUGAAAGAACUACACCAUCGCCAUCUUCAGGGCAAGGCUGGAACUGAAAAGACAAGAAAAGGUCCUUUCAGUUCCUACCUUGCCCUGAAGAUGGCGAUGGCGUAGGGCACGGUAGGAACUGAAAAGACCGUUUCAGUUCCUGCAUUGCCCUGAAGAUGGCGAUGGCGUAGUUCUUUCAUGAAGUCCAUGAGACUCCGAUAACCAGCUCAAAGGGGAGGGGGAUUUGGGCCACGUUGAUAUACGUGGUUCGGCGCUGAAGGUGGUAUGUGUACGAUUUUUUUAGUCGACUUCAAAUAAAAUAGUCCUGCUUAGCUAUAUUUUACAGACUUUUACGUUGACUUGUAACAAUUUGAUGGUGCAGCACUACAACUUUUCAUCGAGUGAUUCUUUUCUAUGUUACUGAGCUUGUGUUCCCUGCUGUGUGUCUGGCCAACCUCAAGUCAAGGCCUUCGCAGACUGAGCAAAAAAUGCAAGCAAAAUGGGACCUCAUCCCCUGAGCUUAAAGGAUAUAAAACCAGAUUUGAAUAAUGAAAAAUGAGAAAUGUCAAUGGUUCACAGAUUGAUACAGUUACAAGGAAAGGAAAUUGGACGGCUUGUGCACAUUUAAGUGGUGUUUAAAAAGCCCUUUAAGUCAGCAUAGUUGAUUUUCUUACUUGAAAACCAAACGAAAAUUACCAGUAAGAGAAAUUCACUUAAUGUGUUGUUGUUUAUAUGUUAAGAUGCCAUGGUUGGAUGGUCUUUUUUUAUGCCGAAUUUCAUCGUCCUCUUUCCAAGAAAAGUAAAGUUGUUGUACUUUUUCAUGAUAUAUGUAUAUUAUUAUACGCUUCCCCGUAUUUUACACUGGUUGUUCUUCCUAGUGGUGUAAAAAAGAUCUGUUAGUGACAUUGAGUGAUGUGAAAAAAUUUGUAUGUAGGCAAGUAGUCCAGUUUUCUAACACAGUCAGGAAAAUAUGACGCCUGUUUUAAAAUCGAUACAAUCAUAGUCGGAUACGAUUGAGGUUACCGACUUCGGUACAGCACCCAGCUUUUAUAGCUCAUCCCCAGUCCGUGCAACAUCCGAUUCUGACAACACAGUCCUGACCACAGUGGUGAUUCAGAUGAAUAUAUAUCAGUUAAGGGUCACAAUAGACUCGUCAGAUUCUCUUUUGCCUGGUGAAAUUCGGUUUUUGCCUGGUGAAAUUUGGGGCGAAUCAAACUGGAAGUAGUGCCUUUGUCCCCAAAAGAUUCCAGCAAAUUUAUUUUGGUCCAACACCUGCUUAUUGAUUUGAAUCGCCACCAUUCCAGCCUGUGUAAGCGGAUGUCAUUGCAUGAUUAUGCCACGAUGUUUUAGACCAUGAAACGUCAAUUGUAGGCUGAGAAAUAGUUUCUAAGAUAGAGUUUAGAUACCUAUUCUUAUCUACCUAACUAUAAUCUUAUAUUACACAAAAACAUAAGGCUAAACUUUAAUAACAAUGGGCCACCAAAGCCUCCUAUUUGAGCCCUUAAAGAAUUGACAUACUGUACUUGUUGCGUCCACCAUGAAUGAAUCUCAUCGUUGAACACAUAACUAUAGCGGCUGUUAGCGGUUUGGUAGAGACUCUUAGACAUCUGAUAAUAGGUUAGAAAUGUAUCAGCUUCAUGCUCGUUUCUGUGAGCCGCAAUAAAGAAAUGCUGUAACUAUUUUUCGGUGACCAUAAACAAUAGUUUGAAGGCUAUUUUUCAGAUUGCCGGUUAUUGGUUUGUCCUAUUCAUAGAGCAGAACACUGGUGUUUCAUACACAAUAUACCAUUUUAAAGUUUGCAGAUUUAGGAAUUAAUCAGCAUUCCCUAUUGCAUAAUAAACUCACAAUCUAAUUUUCUUAGCUUAAUUUCCCAGCAGUCUUUAUAACUGCUCUAACAGAUCAGACUUCACUAAUUUAAAACUUCCCACAUACAAUAUAAAUAUUAGAAUUUAUAAAAAAGCUAUUUUUUUCUAGAUAUACAUCUAUGUACAGCUGUUGAUGACAUGUUUAUUUAAUCCUAUAUCAUUUGGGAGAGUUACAUUCUAUUGUUAAACCAGAUCACACCAAUGAUAUUUGUGUAUUUUGUAUUUGAGAAUUUGUUGGUUGAAAUUAAAAAGGGUGCCAUUUACUUUGUAAAAUGUGUCACUCUAGCAAACCAUAAACUGAAGAAGUCCACACCAAGUUAAUGCCAGCGUUCGUGACAAACUUGUUUUGAACAACUGGGCCCAGCCAAGACUGAUUCCAUAUUCUACAUAACAUGGUUUUAGAGUCGCCAAAACAAAUGCACAAUGAGUUAUAACUUUCAAAAAAAUUAUCCUCCCAAAAAGCUAUUUUUACUUUGGGCCUUGUUCAUUCUAUGCAGGUGUCUGUUCCGACAUUGAAAAUGUCCACGAAAUUUGAUGUAGCAGUAACUCGACAAGUCCUGCCCCUUUGCUAGAGGACGACUGUUGGUACAUGUGUGAUAUGAUUUGUAGCUUCCUUGGUGAUUUGUAGUUGUGAACAAAACAGUUUUUACAUGAAUUUUGGUGUCUUUGCUUACUUAAUAGCAUAAUGGUGCAGUAUGUGUAGCAACUAGUGUAAAUUGUAUAUAGAAUGUUGUUUUCUGUGGAGAAAUGACCAGAUAUAGGAAUUCUACCCUUUCAAAUUUCAGAGGGAUAUUUUUGGAAAGAUUCAGAAGAAAAUAGUUUUCCUCUUAUAGCAACAUUUCAAACUUUGGUACCGCAAGUGUGGUUUUCUGUGUCCUACCUAGACCUGAGGUUUAAAGGGAGACUAUAGGAAGGAAACCGGGUGGGCCAAGUCAAGUUACAUGUACAAGAAUUGACCAAUAGGUGAAUAGUACUAUUCAAGCUUAAUGCGGAGUAUUCUGAUCAGUCAGUCAAACCAAACCCUGUUCCCUAACUGCAUAUAUAAGAUGCCUGAAAAUCACAGUGGACCCCUAGCUUCUGCCUAUAGUCCCCCUUUAAGGGGUUUAUUGAUUAUGCCUUCAGCAUGUUCAGUGUUGACAUUUUGAUUAAUCUAGACUCUUUAAACUUAGAUUGCAUCCACAGCAACAGUGACCCUGUGUACAUGUACUGCUUUUUUGAAAGAAAAGUUCAGUCAUAUUGUCAAUUUAUUUUUGUUUUGAGUCUGGCCAUCACUAUUGCAUUUGUGUUUGGUUGAUCUGGAGAGAGUGCUUGUAAUGUUAGUGAAACCGAAUAGUGAUGUGGUGUGAGCAGUUGUUAUUAUAGCGCUGGUACUUCAGCUUGGUAAGAAUAUCCCUGGUAUGGUAUAAUCCUCAACAGAGAUGAGCCACAACUUGAAGGAAUUGUUGGGUCUUCACAGGGAUGUCGAAUUGAGGAUUUUAGGCAGAUUUCAGACCUUUUCCUCUGAAUACAAAAUACUAAAUUUAAUGACUGAAAUUGAAAGAUCUCUUUCUCACCUCUCAGUGGAUCUCUUGUGUCACCUCUCAGUGGAUCUUUAAAUUUUCGAAUUGGAUCAAAAUAAACAAGUGCUAAUUCAACAGGAUUUUUUGCCGACUUUUUGCUACAGCGCUCGGUCUUUGGCAUCCCUGCCUUCACCAAGCUCUAAAAUCAAACCAGGUUGCCAUGAAGGCUUUGUCAGUUUUGACAAAUGGACAUUUUGAAUUUCCAAUUGGAACACUUGCAGAAAGAAGCUCAUAGUCUUUUAUUUUAUGCAUAAUUAGUGCCUUUUACACAGGCAAUUAUACCACACCGAUAGAAACACUUGCGUUAGUGUACAAAACAGUUCAUUUGUGUAUUUAUAGAUGGCAUUACUAACUUUAGUUAGUAUUUUGUUGUAGCCAAAUCAGAAAAGCAGUUGACUAACUGAUAGUUUUGUUAGUGCGAGUGAUGAUAGUUUCACACAUUAUUUUGUGUGGGUGGUUUAUUUCUUAAUGUAUGGGGUCUGCUCGACUCAUCUCGGGAGGGGGAGGGGCAUAAAACUUUCUCUAUUCUUCUAAAAAGUUGACAAUGUUGUGUCAAUAAUGUUGAUGUUCUGUGAUCGUUUUUCCACCCAUUUCAAAAUGUGGAUCACAAUUAUUCAUGGUAGGAUUCGUUACUUGUCAUUGACUCUUUGGUGCCUUAAGGCCUACUAUUUCAGUUAAAAAGUUUGAAUAUUUACUUGAAUUUGAAAAUUCCUAUUGUGUAAAUAUGCACUGAAUAUAUUUAAAGUUUAAAAUAAGCAGACUGAAAAUAAUUUUAUGUGUGAAAAUUAUGGUUGUGAAGAGUUGUGUGAUUGUUUUCCAGUCAGUAAGAUUGCAAUAUUUUUCCUUUUAUUCUCAGUUGAAUCUUUUUCAUUACUUGGUGACAGAAAUGCAAACCAAAGUUUUCAAGGUUGCUACUUUUUGGUACACCCUGUUUAAAAUUAACCAGAAGCAUUGCCAUAUUGCCACUGUGUCUUGAGAAGGCUGCCCAGAUUCAUAAAAUCCAUUGUAGUGUUUAAUCUGAUCAGUUUUGUAUUGUUUUGAAAUGUACCAAUGUUUACUUAUCUUUUGUGAAGUAUGAAAUGUACAUUGUGUUUAGCAGUUGAUUAUGUUCACCAAUCUUGAUUAUUUUGACAUUCUGUAUGAAGAUUAAAUGUACAAUACUUAACUGAAAUAAAUACUUUAAUGCACCAUUUUCAA